AUGCAAUUCUUCACCACCACUGGUUUGCUAGCCAUGUUAACAUUGGGUUCCGUUGUCACGGCUCUCCCCCCAGCCACCACGAGCAUUGGUCUUGACAUGAAUGUUACUUUCGAUGAAUACAUCAAGCAGUUCAAGCAACCAGAGCCAGCAGAGAGCUUAGAAAAACGCUGGGGGUCCACCACUUGCGGUGGCCUUGGCCUUCCCCUCCUCCAAAUCGCCUUCCAGGCGGUUGAACUCUGCAACUCCGCCAUUAUCUCCCUCGAGUUCCAGGAUGACACAAACCGCCGACGAUUCGACCGUUAUUUCGGCCCCUGGAAUAAUAACCCCAAUGGACGCGCCAUUAUCCGAGAUCGCUACAGGAUGAUCGUGGACACGCUCUGGAAUACCAACUUCAACCUCAUCUGUCUUCCCAACCAGACGAAUGGUAAUGUCGUAGCCGACGUGUCCUUUACGUCACAGGGAAACCCGGCGAACGUGCGACUGUUCCAAGCUUGGUUCAGACUCUCUGAUGAUAAUCAGUGUGGAGAGCAGCUUACCAAGGCGAAUGUCCUUGUGCAUGAGGCUUCUCAUGUGUUUGGCGCUGCUGACCAUGGAAAUGAUCAGGGUAAUGAUGCUUAUCUGAUUGGGUGGUACGCUUCUUCUGUGUACUCAAACUGCCCGUUCUAG